GGCUGGCGCCGGCACUGACCAUUCGUCGCCCGGUGGUGCCCGCACUGACUCCACAGCGCCCCCGCCCGGCGCCUGCGCACGUCGCCGUGCGGCCUGGGUAUUGAUGGCUCCGGCCAAGUGAGGACUGCGGCUUGGGAGCGGUUGUGGCCACUCGUCCUCCGGGCGGACCGAGCCGACAUGGAGAAAAGCGUCAGUUACGACAGCAUCGCAUCCAAGCAGUCGCUGCACAGGAGCGGCUCCGACUCCAGGCCGCCCAGCGCCGGCUCCGUGAGCAGUACCUCCUCGUCUGUAUCUGAGCAGUCUGUGUACAACAAGACUACUACAGUUAUGUCCUCUGAUUCUGUUUCUUCUACAGACUUUUCUUCAGAUUUCAGGAUUUUAAGGGAUGGCAAUAAAGUGGCUGAAAUGGAAGAAGCACCAUUGUUACCAGGAGAAUCUAUGAAAGAUAUGGCCAAAGAUGUUACUUAUAUUUGCCCUUUUACUGGCACCGUGAGAGGAACACUGACUGUUACAAACUACAGACUGUAUUUCAAAAGCUUGGAGCGGGACCCACCUUUCGUUCUUGAUGUUCCUCUGGGUGUGAUCAGUCGUGUUGAAAAGAUUGGUGGAGCAUCCAGCCGAGGGGAGAACUCCUAUGGUCUUGAAAUCUUCUGUAAGGAUAUUCGGACCAUCCGUUUUGCUCAUAAACAAGAAGGUCACACUCGGCGAUCCAUUUUUGAGAACUUGAUGAAAUAUGCAUUUCCCACAUCCAAUAAUUUGCCAUUAUUUGCAUUUGACUACAAGGAAGUAUUUCCAGGAGAUGGCUGGAAGGUUUAUGACCCAAUUGCAGAAUAUAAGAGAAUGGGUCUACCCAAUGAAAGCUGGAAAUUAAGUAGGAUAAAUGAAAAUUAUGAACUUUGUGAUACUUACCCUGCAAUACUGGUAGUCCCUGAGAAUGUUCCAGAAGAUGAGUUGAAGAAAGUGGCAGCUUUCAGAUCAAGAGGUCGUCUACCAGUGAUAUCAUGGAUACAUCCGGAGAGUCAGGCGACAAUCACUCGCUGCAGUCAGCCUCUCGUUGGUAUGAGUGGCAAACGCAGCAAAGAUGAUGAAAAGUUUCUCCAGAUUAUAAUGGAUUCCAAUGCACAGUCUCAUAAAAUUUUUAUCUUUGAUGCUAGGCCCAGUGUUAAUGCUGUAGCUAACAAGGCAAAGGGAGGUGGUUAUGAAAGUGAAGAUGCCUAUCAGAAUGCAGAGCUGGUCUUCCUCGAUAUCCACAAUAUACAUGUAAUGAGAGAAUCCUUACGGAAAUUGAAGGAAAUUGUUUAUCCCAACAUAGAAGAAUCACACUGGCUGUCCAAUUUAGAAUCCACACACUGGUUGGAACACAUAAAAUUAAUACUUGCUGGUGCUUUGAGGAUUGCUGACAAAGUUGAAUCUGGAAAGACAUCAGUUGUGGUGCAUUGCAGUGAUGGCUGGGACCGAACAGCUCAGUUGACAUCUCUGGCUAUGAUUAUGUUGGACAGCUAUUACCGUACAAUUAGAGGCUUUGAAGUACUUAUUGAAAAGGAAUGGCUUGGCUUUGGCCAUAGAUUUCAACUUAGAGUGGGACAUGGCGAUAAGAACCAUACAGAUGCUGACAGGUCACCUGUCUUCUUGCAGUUUAUUGACUGUGUGUGGCAGAUGACAAGACAGUUCCCAACAGCUUUUGAGUUUAAUGAGUUCUUCCUCGUAACAAUUCUUGACCAUUUGUAUAGCUGUUUGUUUGGAACAUUCCUUUUAAAUAGUGAACAGCAAAGAGUAAAAGAGGGACUUCAAAAUAGUACUAUUUCAUUAUGGGCUUAUAUAAACAGCCAGUUGGAAGAGUUUAUCAACCCCCUGUAUGUGAAUUACUCUAAUCAUGUGUUGUAUCCUGUGGCAAGCAUGCGCCAUCUAGAGCUCUGGAUUGGAUACUAUAUCCGUUGGAACCCAAGGAUGAGACCACAGGAACCUAUUCAUCAACGUUACAAGGAACUUCUAGCAAAGCGAACAGAGCUUCAGAAAAAAGUAGAAGAAUUACAGCGAGAAGUUUCCAACAGAUCCGCUUCCUCAUCAGAGAAAGCGGGCUCACCAUCACGUUCAGUUACACCAGAGCAGACUGUUGUUUGAAAAUGGAAUGGUUUAAAGGAUAUGUUAGUAGUUGAGGGCAAUAUUUACAAAGGUCUUCUCAUGCUUGAAGAAAAAAAUAUUCAUGCAAACAGCCAAGCAUGUAUAAGCAGGAUUACUUUAAAUUAUAAAUAUAACUUUUUUUUAUAGGAACAAUAAUAGCACUUAUUGCUAUUUGAAACAAAUAUUUCAAGUGUUCCAAGCAGAUUGACAAUGACCAUGAAGCAGUUUGUUGAUUUGGAAGCAAAUAUUAUUUAUUGCACUGAUAAGUAUUAACUUCCAUUCUUAACUUUAAUUCUAAGAUAACAUUAAAACUUGUAGGUAAUAACCAGUGUUCAUAUGUUUUUUAGGCCUGUUUCCUUUCAAUAGUUCGACACUACAGCUCCCAAUAACCAGCUGUUCCAUACUGGGUUUCUUGCCCCUCACUCACUUUUAACAGGAGAGAUAACAACAAGAAUGAUAAUGCAACAUACUUGGUUAGUGAGAAACUUGUUGAAAUAUAUAUGUGGUAAAGUAUGCAAGGAAAAACUGUUAUAAAUGAAAAAAUUAACCACUAAACAGGGCAGAUAUGUUGAUUGUGAUCAGAAAUGGUAAUUUACCCAAUAUGUGCUAUGUAGAUGUUAAAAUGUUAAUUUUGUAUUUUAUCCAAAUCAAAUUGCCAUUUUGGUAUCGCAAAAGAUUGCCAUCAUUGUUGUACUGCAACUCGGUUCACAUCUGUGUUGGAGUGAUCAGUCCAGCUAAAGUACUGAAAAUCAGUAAUGUAUUUUUCUAUCCGAAAUAUAUUGUAAAUUAGAGUAAAAUGUGACAGGCGGGUUUCCAUUGACUAAACCACUUGUGCGGAUGGCAAGGCACAUGAGAAAUGCAGCUAGUGCCACCUUGCUUUUUUUUUGUGUAAACCACCAGCUUUCUUGAAUCCUUUGUUUGAUUCGGUAUUAGGCACAUACUUGAACAGAGCAUUUUUUUAUGCAAGGUUUGAAAAUAUCUGUUAUUUUGUUAAAUUGUAUUUUCAUAUAUACAUUUUGAAGCUAGAAAAUUUAGCUACAUGUUAAUAAAAUGUCGAGUAUUUUUUUUGAAUAAAUUGGGAGAAGUUUGUAAAACACAUAACUUGUAGUGUAGGCUCAGUCAUUAAGCCAAACCUGAAUUUCAGGGAUAAUGUUACUGGGGCAUAACCAGAGUAGCGCAGUGUAUAAAUGUGUAUUUUCAGGGAUUGCUGAUGUAAUUUAGAAAGCUAAAUACUGAUGAAUCCUCUGUACAUGUCUAUCCUAUACUUAAGAAAAUUGAUCUAUGAUUAAUUUAAUUGAAAAAGAUUUGGCCUGUUUUGGGACUGAAAACUUCACUAAAUUACUUUCUCCAAACGCCUAGUUUUCAGGUUAAGUUCUUGCCAAGUUGUACAUGAUUACUGAUUAGCAGUUUCACAUUUUAGGUCCAAGAUUUGUCAAGAGUGUUAUUUGUGAGCAGUUUUGGGCCCCAUAUAGCUAAGGAUGUGCUGGCAUUGGGGAGGAUCUAGAAUGAUUCCAGGAAUGAAAGGGUUAACAUAUGAGGAGUGCUUGAUGACUCUGGGCCUGAACUCACUGAAGUUUCGAAGGAAGGGGGGGGAUCUUGUUGAAACCUACUGAAUAUUGAAAGGUCUGGAUAGAGUGGACAUGGAGAGGAUGUUUCCAGUAGUGGGAAAGUCUAGGACCUGAGGGCACAACCUCAGAAUAGGAGGAUGUUUCUUUAGAAUAGAGAUGAGGAAGAAUUUCUUUAACCAGAGGGUGGUGAAUCUGUGGAAUUCAUUGCCACAGAUGGCUGUGGAGGCCAAAUCAUUGGGUAUUUUUAAAGCGGAGGUUGAUAAGUUUUUGAUUAGUAAGGGCAUCAAAGGUUACGGGGAGAAGGCAGGAGAAUGGGGUUGAGAGGGAAAAAUAAAUCAGCCAUGAUCGAAUGUCGGAGCAGACUCUGGGCCAAAUGGCCUAAUUCUGCUCCUAUGUCUUAUGGUCUUUAAAUUGACACAUUCCAGUUAAUACUAUCAUAUAGUCUGCUAAUGCCAGUCUAUUGUGAACUUUGCCACUAGGGUCAUAAAAGUUUACUCAUUACUGCAAUAUCAGCAGCACCAAAAAGGCACUUAGCAUCAUCUAGCAUAGUCUAUCUGUGCAUUGAAGGAAAGGUAAUUGCAUUUUAGAAUUUUAGCUUCUGUAACAGUGUUAAACUUGAUAGAUCUAAUCCAAAUUUUGAUCUGUUUAACAUUUACUUCACUAAUGUGAAUGCAAGAUUUACUGCUGCUUUAAUCUAAAUUAUACAGAAAAAAAUGUAUAUGUAUAUAAAAGUAUUCAUUCUCUUAGAACCUUUCUUAAGCAGGGAAGUAUGGCUGCAGGUUUAAGGAAUGCAGGAUUUUUCAAUAAAUUACAUGUUGAUAACCUCAAUUAAUCCAAUGUCAUUGCCUAGAUUACAACAAAGAGCAAUAAAAAACUAGCAAAAGAAAUACAGGCUUCCUGUAUUUUGCCUUUUAUUGAUACUAAAGCAUCUAUGCAAUUGUAAAAAUCUUAAUUUGUCUUAUUUUUACUAUAUCAAGCUUGAUUUUGAGGUAUUUAGGACAUUACAUUACAAAGUAGGCCAUAUAACAUUUGUAAUUGGAAGGUUAUUUGGAAAUAUUCUGUUUUUUUUAGACAAAAAGCUGGUUUUGGCUAAUUGGUCAUGUUCUUUGAGCAAAUAUUCUGGGAGAAUACUUAAAGAAAUGUCUGAUGUAUAAAGAUCACAUAAUGCCAGAAAUUGAUUUAACUGUCUUAAACUAGUUGGAUUGAAAGGACCAUUUCAAAUUUAAGCUAGAGAUCUAUUAGUUUAUAAACUGGAUGGGCCACUUGUGAAUAAGCAGCAUCAGAUCAAUUAUAUCUAUUUUUCUUUCAAUGUCACUUAAGUUUUCCAUGUAAAUUGUUUUCUCAGAAUAUGUGUUAAAUUUAGUAUAGUGUAUAAAUUAUUGGCCAUUUUUUGGUAAUAAAGUUGUGCGAGCAAGAACAAUUUAGGGCUGUAAAUAAUUUAAAAGUACCCUUAUUACUAUGCAUAACGUUAGUAUUUGUUUAAGGAAACAAAAGUUUGAAACAUUUCAGCUUCAUUUUUUUCACUAUCUAAGGUAAAAUUGAACAGAACUUAGAAAACGUGCAAUCAUUUUUUUUCAGAUAUGUGGAUGGUUUGGCAUCUUGCUCACCUGGUUCUGUUUCCUGCACAGUCUUUAAACUCAUCAGGGCCCUGUUCCCAUGCUCCCUUUAAAUUCACCAGAGGGUAUGUUCCUGAGCUCCCUUUAAACAUGGUUAACUGCAAAAUUUAUUAUACUACACUGUAACACAAAAAAUAUGAUUGUUGGGGUACUAAUAGGAAUAACAUACAAUAGUCAGCAAAAUCUGCAAGUCUUGCAUCUCCAAAGUCCCGAGACUGCUGGAUUAUCAGAAUUUUACUGUAGUAGGAUAAGAGACUAUCCACUAGCACUAUACAAUGCAAGUAAACUUAAAAAAUAGAGUUGGGAGAGAAAGAAAAAUACCAGACAAGUACUGGUAUCGAGUGUGAUUUGUUGUUGAAGACUAUUGGGACAGGACUUCCAAGCUGGAAUAGUGUAGGUUUGAAUGUUAUAGGCAGUGAGCAUCUUUUUUUUAAAAAGAAAGUCUUCUACCUGAAAGUCAUCCUAAUUGGCUCCCUAUUGUGGGGAAUUCUCCAAAGGAUGAUGCAGUGUAGGAGCAAAUACUUUUUCUGUUGGUUAAGUUGCACAUUGCACAGGAGGGAGGUACUGCGUGGGAUGGGUCAAGGGUAAGUGUUUACCAGGUAGAAGCACUCCUCCUGUUAAAUAAGCAGUGAAUAGCAGUCCUCGCCUCCUUUUAGCUGCUCAGCUUCCUGAGCACCAGACAACUCAAUGAGGGAGCAUUAAAUUUGGCAGACAUACAAAAUCUGUGGCCCAUGUAGCAAAAUGAGCAACCCACCUUUUGGGAGCCAGUGAGGUACCCACUUCUUUGAAACCCUUCACACAUUUGCUAAAGUCAGAAGUAGCCAAAUUCAAGACUUGUGUUUGAAUCAUUUUGCAUCUUAUUACCAUUUUUUUCAGUUUUAAAAUUACUUGAAUUUGUGCAGUUGCAGACAUAAAAUUCUCAACUGCAUGGAGAUGUGUACAAGUCCUUUUCCCAGUGAUGCAAAGCCUAUGACAUUUUUUUGGCAGAUUGUGAUUUACUGUUGCAUUCAUUCUGGAUUAACUUGACUAUUAAUGCUGAAACAAAUCAAAAUUCCUUGUCUUAGUCUGUACAGAUUUAGGCUUCACAAAUUAGUACAUCUAACUUCUUUUGGUUGAAUAUAUUACUGAUUCUAAAUUCUGGACGAUAGUUAAAUGUAUAAGACUGAAAUUAAAAAUGCAGAAUUGUUAAAAUAUUCCAUUAAAUCCUGAAAGGAUUUCAUGUUGAUGUAAUUUAUUAUUGGACAGUUCGAGUUAAUAAGGUUUACCAUUUGUUCUGGUUUGUCUGAAUGACAAUGUUGAAUUAUCUGAUUUGAGUCAUCAGAGCAAUGAAGAAAUUGCAGUUAUCCUCUUUGCCCUUGGGUUAAGGAAGGAUAAUUUGGUUAGGAUCAGAACUUCCAUGCCACUCUCCAGUCAUCUUUGCUUGAAAUAAACACACAAGUUUUGAAGAGUAACAGGAGUGCAUUUGAUGUGAUGCCUUCUAUUUCAGAUAGCUUACUAAUGAAUGCCAGACUGUUGAGCAAAUAUUUAUUAAUUUUUCAGGAUCUGAAUGCUACUGGCAAGACUAGCAUUUAUUGGCCAUCUCUAAAUGCCCUUGAGAAGGUUGUGCAAGGGCAUUUAAGAAUCAACCCCUUUGGUUGGGUUUGGACGUGAGUAUCAGCGAGACCAUGUCAGAAUGAUAGAUUUUUCUCCCCUGAAGGUCAUUGGUGACUAAUGAUAAUCUGGUAGGCUUUAUUUAUGGUCAUUAUUACAAAAACCAGUUGUUGUUGAAAAUUGUAGAUUGUUAAUCCUAAUUUAAAUUCCACAGUUGUACUGGUGCAAUUUGAAUGCUGAGUUUUGGGUUGUUAGUCCAGGUGUCUGGAUUAUUAAUUUCAUAAUUUAAUUGCCGUGCCACUACUGUACAGACACAAUGGGACUGCUACCAGUAAAGCUGUUAAUGGGAGGGGAAAAAAUUGUUGGGGAAGUAUCUUUAGAGCUUGCAAUUCUUUAACAAACAAAGACUAUAUCAUUUUUUUUAAAAAAACAGCUGAAAAUUAUUAAGUGGUUUAGCUGAAAUUCUAUAAUAGAAAGGAUAGAGGUUUGCAAAAUAAAAAUUGCAUGCUAUUACUGAUCAACAAAAAAAUUGCAGGAAAGUGAUUUUGUUACUCAUCCAAUAUUGCUGCUGAAGCAUCGGUGCUAAAUGCUCUUUAGUAAACCACAUUCUGAUUAAUGGACAUAAAUUACAUCUUAAGCUCUUGUCAAUCUUCCACAUGUUACAAGGUGUGAUUUAUUUUGGUAUCAUUACAAGGUAUUAUUACGAUGCCCUAGGUAAUUAUCCACAUAUUUAUGCAAGAAUACAGAAACAAACAUUUAGUCUAUGCAAGUGUCAAGAUUUUUAAUGUUAGAUUUCUAACAUUAAAAAUACAGAGCAACAUUUUAUAAAUUUCCUCAAUGGGCAGAUUAGUUUAAAAAUAACAUUGCUUCAUCCCUUAUCACAGCAUUCAUUUCUACAGUAUUUCUUCUUUUGGAGUAGGCUGAAGUUCAAGUUCAUUGCUUAUUAUAAUGGCUACUUUAAACUAAAUUCAGAUGAAAAAUUGUCCAAUUAUUUUAAUAUAAGCAAUGAUGUAUUACAAAGCCCACUCAUUGUCUUUUAGUUGUGUUGUGUCAUUACGAAAGGUAUUAUACCAUGUCUAUGCUAUAAUUUCUAUGGACAUAUUGUUGAUUUUUUUUCCCUCUUAGUAUUGCACUACAGCUGAAUCCAAAUGGGCACAACUGUUUUUGAGAUCAUAGAGGGUUAAGCAGUUUUGAAGGCAACUCAGCUUGCCUGCUGAACCCUCUAGAAAUCUGCAAUCAUCUGAUCAACCAUCUCUUAAAUAUGUAAUUUUUUGCUUCCAGCUUUUAUUGAGAGGUUUUCUGACAUCAUUCUAUAACUUGUUUUUACCAUUUUGUACUUCUGUUCUAAUCUAUAUUGGUUUAAUAAAGCACGGUUAAAUACUCAGGAUAAAUUUCCAUAUUCCAUAAGAAUGCUACACAGCAAAUUCUCAAUGUAAGUUGUGGAAAAGAAUGUUUGUGCCAUUUUUUUAUGAUGGCUUUCAGCUUAGAAAAUUUAGAUAAUAUUUGUGCUUAUGUUGAUGAAUUGUAUAAAUAAAAAUGCCUAGCUUAUUGCUGAUUGUUUUUGACCUUCACUGGUAACAAUUGAAAUUACUCUGGUAUAUUCCCAGCUUUGAACUGUAAAAAAUAUGCACCAUUGGUAGAAGCAAGUUAUGUGAAUUACAGGAGCAGGAAUUACUUUUAAAAUGCACUGUGUAUUUUUUACAAUCAUAUCCUUCCAACUGCUGCUAUGGUAUCCUAAUAAAGACUUGUACAAG